AUCAGGCAGAAAAACACCCAAGGGCAUGUGUGAGCAGGACCAAAUCUGGCUCUCUGUCAUUCAGUGGCUGUAACCUCCAACUAGAACACACUCCAACAAAUCACAUUUAUUCCUGCACUGUUAGGAGAUGUGAGUCAGUCACAGAAGACAUCCGGAGAAACAUGGAGGACACUACUGGCAGUAAUCCUCAGUCUCUUGGAUUUACAGAGAAAUUAAAGUCUUGGCUGUCUUGGUCAUGGACUUACGUGUGCUUCAUUUGGUUCGGCAUGGUGCUCAUCAUGAUAUACGUUCUGUGGAGCCCGCUGAAACUGCAGGAAACUCUUACCUCAGCCUCAGUGUUUUUAAAUACACUGACUCCUAAAUUCUAUGUUGCUCUCACUGGAACCUCCUCUCUCAUCUCUGGACUCAUCCUCAUAUUUGAGUGGUGGUAUUUCCGUAAAUACGGGACCUCGUUCAUUGAACAAGUGUCAGUGAGUCACCUGCGUCCUCUCCUGGGAGGAGUGGAGAGCAGCUCCACAACUGGUCUGUUCUCCUCGGUGAAUGGGGAGGCAGAGCCGAGACCCAGUGUCUCAGAGUGUAAGGUCUGGAGGAACCCUCUGAAUCUGUUCAGAGGAGCAGAGUACAACAGAUACACCUGGGUAACAGGGAAGGAACCUCUAACAUACUAUGAUAUGAACCUGUCUGCUCAAGACCAUCAGACCUUCUUCACAGGAGACACUCAGCAGUUAAAGCCUGAAGAUGCCGUGAUGCAGAAAGCCUGGAGAGAGAGAAAUCCUCAAGCCAGGAUCAGAGCAGCUUACCAGGCCAUAGAGAUGAACCAUGAAUGUGCUGCAGCCUAUGUGCUCCUAGCAGAGGAAGAAGCCACAACCAUCACAGAAGCUGAACGCCUCUUCAAAAAAGCUCUUAGUAUUGCUGGAAAAGAUAUCAACUUACUGGUGUACAUUAAACGCAGACUGGCGAUGUGUGCACGCAAACUGGGACGGAUUAAAGAAGCUGUGAAAAUGAUGAGAGAUUUAAUGAAGGAGUUCCCACUGCUGGGGAUGUUAAAUAUACAUGAAAACCUCUUGGAGGCACUUCUAGAGCUUCAGGCAUACGCUGAUGUCCAAGCAGUCCUCGCCAAAUAUGACGACAUCAGCUUGCCAAAAUCAGCCACUAUAUGCUACACAUCUGCAUUGCUGAAAGCACGGGCUGUGUCAGAUAAGUUCUCCCCAGAGGCAGCAUCCAGGCGGGGACUAAGCACAGCAGAGAUGAACGCUGUGGAGGCCAUACACAGAGCUGUGGAGUUCAACCCACACGUGCCAAAGUACUUAUUAGAGAUGAAGAGCCUGAUCCUGCCUCCAGAGCACAUCUUGAAGAGGGGCGACAGCGAGGCAGUGGCAUACGCUUUCUUUCACCUGCAGCACUGGAAGAGGGCAGAGGGAGCCUUAAACUUACUACACUGCACCUGGGAGGGCACCUUCAGGAUAAUUCCAUACCCACUGGAGAAGGGUCACCUGUUUUACCCUUACCCAGGAUGCACAGAAACAGCAGACAGGGAACUACUGCCCUCUUUCCACGAGGUGUCUGUGUACCCAAAGAAAGAGCUUCCCUUCUUCAUCCUCUUCACAGCAGGCCUUUGCUCCUUCACUGCCAUACUGGCCAUGCUCACACAUCAGUUCCCAGAGCUCAUGGGUGUCUUUGCCAAAGCAUUCUUCAGCACACUCUUUGCACCCCUGGGUUUCUUCGCAGACAAGAUGGAAAGCUUCAUGCCGUCCAGUUUUUGGCACCAGCUGACUCGGAUCUGACCCCAUCUCACACACACACACACACACACUCACGACGCACACAGACACACACAUAUACACACAUAUACACACCAAUACCACUCCAAACCCUCAGACAAAAAGUGUUUGCUCUCCUGUCUUCAGCAUUACUGUCCACUUGCUGCACUGUUACUGAUUAUGUUGGCUGAGGUUGUAUCAACACGGCAAUACCGCUCUGAAGAUGCUCUCCCACACUGCUCCAGCAGCCAGAGUUUUUCCAAGAACACAUUCAGAGGGUGCCGUUUGCAACAAAUUCACAGGGGCAUUCAUUUGUCAUCAUGUUAACAUGGGGCAAUUAAAAAAGGGUCAGUAUCCCACAAAGCCUGGCUUUGAAUUUGGUACAAAAAUCGAAUCAGAAAUUUAUCCGAGGCACUCGUCUGUUUACUCACAAUUAUUUAUUAAAUCAUGAAUAAGCUAAAACUGAGUGUUUACAGUCUGUGGGGUAUUUAGGAUGGGAACUAUACCAACCCCUCUGCGCCCCGCAGACAUCCAGCGGGGCAGAUUUAAAAGUCUGUGAGACCUCCUAAAAACAGAGCUGUGAUUUACUGCCCUGGAGUGGCUGCAGUGUAUACAACACCUCUGCAGUUCAGCAGUUGUUACCAUGCCACGACACCUCAGCACUAUAUCACUGAGGCAACCGCUGCCCCCGCAACAUCGAAAUGUAAAUGGGAUCAUCGCUGGUCACAGCACAGCCUCUCAUGGCAUCAGUCAUUUCCUCUGAUUGCGCUACAGACUGUUAUGAGUCAGUGAGUUGGUCAACUGGCAAACAGAAAAUUACAGAGGCUCCAGUUACAGCAGACAAACUGAGAACACCACAGUAAGUGUAACAGAUAGCUGUAGUACAUAGGACUGCAGUAAUUCUAAAUAUUAAACCCUCAGUAGCUCUCGUAAUGCACUUUGAAUAUUCAGUUACAGAUAUGAUGAGCAGCGUUUAGAGAUGCUGAGUAAAAUGAACAAACAUACAAAGUGAGAGUCAUUUUACUUCACAUGUUCAAAGUCUGUCAUGUGUUGACUCUGCUGUAACCUGGCUGAUUGGUUCUAAUAUUUUUACUCUAUGGAAGAUUUGCUCUUCUCUGUUUUCAAACUAAAUAGGCUGAGACACCAGAAUCAUGUUGUGUGUAAAGUAUAAUGUAAAAACUGAAUCUGAUAACAACGUCACUGAAACAAAUGUGCUUGUUAUGAAACUGUAAUAAGACCUGUAAAUGUAAUUUACUGUGUCCAUAUACUCCACCACAGAGAUAAAGACUGUUAAGAACGUAACAUUUAAGGUUUAUUUAAAAACAAACAUCUAUAUUGAUGUAUAGUAAUAUUGUGAUGUCACAUUAUCCCAACAGUUUAUUCCAUACAUGAACAGGUUUUAUUACAUUUCUAAACCAUUUAACAUGUUUGUUUUAGUUUGUCAAGUUCUUUUACUUGAUAGUUGUUAGAUUCUCAGCAGCUGUAACACAACAGUACAGCUCAUGGCUCAGGAUGAACUGUGAUCAUUCUGACAUCUCCUCACUCCAUGUACGAUUACACAAAACAAAUGUGCUAAUAAAGUGCCUUUUUAGUAACAUCCCACUAACUAAACACACCAGUGUGGUAUUUACUUUACCCACAGUAUUGAUUUCUAACACAGUCAUUCAGUGUCUGAUGUAAUGGCACAUACAGCACAUGUGCAGAUUUGGAGUAUAUUGGUGAAAAUACUGAUCUGAUCUGUUCAGUUUAGUAUUUCACUCUGGCCUGUAAUAUUUGUCUGUUUGAAUCACUGACUGUAUUUUAUGGUAUUUAAGGUGAAAUGUUUGAGUCCAUGCUGAAGACAGGAGAAUGUCUGAACAACUGUCAGUACCCCUGGAUGAGUUUAAAAGUAAAACUCACAAUAAAGUACUCUUUCGGUCUGA